AGCCCCGCCCCAAAGGCAGGGGCACGCCCACCUGGCGGCUGGCGGUCACGUGAGACUCAGCCGAGGUCCGCGGGGGAAGCUGGGCCAAGAUGGCGACAAUGAGGAAGGUCCUGCCGCGGAGACUGAUGGUUUUGGCGUCUCUCCGGGCUGUCAGCACCUCUUCUGCGGAUACUUUCCCUAAGCAAGUGAAAAUUGUGGAAGUUGGUGCCCGAGACGGACUACAAAAUGAAAAGAAUAUUGUGCCUACUCCUACAAAAAUCAAGCUGAUAGACAUGCUUUCUGAAGCAGGACUCCCUGUUAUAGAAGCCACCAGCUUUGUGUCCCCCAAGUGGGUUCCCCAGAUGGCUGACAAUGCUGAAGUCUUGAAGGGCAUCCAGAAAUUUCCUGGCAUCAACUACCCAGUCCUGACCCCGAAUAUCAAAGGCUUCCAGGCAGCGGUUGCUGCUGGAGCCAAGGAAGUGAGCAUCUUUGGAGCUGCCUCGGAGCAGUUCACUAAGAAGAACACCAACUGCUCCAUUGAUGAGAGUUUACAGCGCUCUGAUGAAAUCUUGAGGGCGGCUCGGGCCGCUGGUAUCCCUGUGCGCGGGUAUGUCUCCUGUGUGCUUGGAUGCCCCUAUGAAGGGAAGAUCUCCCCGGCUAAAGUAGCUGAGAUCACCAAGAAGAUGUACUCCAUGGGCUGCUACGAGAUCUCCCUGGGGGACACCAUCGGCGUGGGCACCCCUGGGAUCAUGAAGGACAUGCUGUCCGCUGUCAUGUAUGAGGUGCCCGUGGCUGCCCUGGCCGUCCACUGCCAUGACACCUAUGGCCAGGCCCUGGCCAACACCUUGAUGGCCCUGCAGAUGGGAGUGAGUGUUGUGGACGCCUCCGUGGCAGGACUUGGAGGCUGUCCUUAUGCACAGGGGGCAUCAGGAAACUUGGCCACUGAGGACCUUGUCUACAUGCUGUCUGGCUUGGGCAUUCACACGGGUGUGAACCUCCAGAAGCUCCUGGAAGCUGGGGCCUUUAUCUGCCAAGCCUUGAACAGGAAAACCUGCUCCAAAGUGGCUCAGGCUGCCUGUAAACUCUGAGCCAUUUUGCUGCCUCAAGCGCUGGGGACAAUGUGGGAAAGAGGGGCACACGUGAAUGAUUCCGGACAGGGCACAUGGAAAUGGGAAUGAAAUUCACAGGAGCAGGCACCUCCGGGGGGGGGGGGGGGGGGGGGUAGGGUCUGCACAUAGGGCUCCUGCAGAACGGAGGCAGGAGGGCAGGAGCUGCUUGGCCUCAGGCCUCCUUGCCAGACCCAGGUGUGAGUGAGAAGCCUUGGGGGCUGUAGGUCUCCCUGCCCCAUGAACCCCCCCCCUGCCCCCCCCCCCCAGGAGCUGAAUGCCUGGGGGUCCCCUGGAACCCAUUCCCUGGUGCUCCGGCCUCAUCUCUGGGUGAAAUCUGUCAGCUAGCUACACUACACAGCUUGACCCUGUCAUGGCCCUGGGGCCAUCGCUGACUCUGUAGAGCAAAGGGGCGUGGAGUUUUUCCCCAAGCCGGCAGAGGGGGCGAGGGCUGAGCUUCUCUGGUGGCCACUGCCAACUCUGGCAUCUCUGGAAAAUCUCCACUCUGAGCAUGAUUUUCGAAAAGCGCUUAUGUAAUUAAAGGUUUAAUGACACGAAGCA